UCCAGAUUGAAGAAUGUGAUUACCGUUAGGCAGCAACUCUCUGAUGUUCGAGGAACUCCAAACUUCAGUAGGAUGUACUUGAUGAACGUGCCUCCUGUCGCAGCGACACAGACUGAGUGGAGAAGAUGUGGUCCACCUGGAAGCUUCAGCCUUACUUCUUUCAAUGACUCAAAAUCAGAGCUGUCUACCAGAGAAACACCUAUCUCUGACAAGGUCCAGAUGAUCAUAGAGAGCCUGAGGAGCAGCCAGUCCUCACUCGAGAUGGACGACAACAUCCAAGGACAGGAAUGUCAUACCCACGUCUUCAAGCCUCCUGUAGGUGCUUCCACAAGCUCCACAGAAAACCUGAAAACCCAGUUCUCUUCUACAAACCACCAUAAGGGCAGUGGCUCGGACAGCGACGACUCUGUGGACAGAGGCAUCGAAGAAGCAAUACUCGAGUACCUGAAAGAAAAAGAUGGUCACAAACACAAGCCUGAACAUGGACCUGCUUUUCUCCAGACUUCACAAGGCUCGAGCAAAACCUGUCAGUUUCCAAAUGUUUCCAAACACAGCUCUGAGAGCAGCACGUCCCUGGUUUCCAUGAGCCAUUUUCCAACAAGAGUCCAAGCUGAAGCUCCAACAGCAGCAGCUACUGGACCCUUAAAGAAAUACAUCAAAAACAAAGCUUCCAGAGAUGAGAACUUUGAUCUGAGUCAAAGUUUGGUCUGUUCAACGAGCUGCUCUGAACCCACUGGUCUCUUUAACAAAACAACAUCACUCUUGAAGGAGGAGGAAGACUGUGGUGAUUCCAGCAGUGAUGACGGCAUUGAGGAGGCUAUCCAGAGAUACCAGUUGGAGAAAAGAGAGCAGCUGAACAGGCAGGAAACCUUAAGUUUGCUAGACUGUGAGUCAGACUCAUCUAGUGAUGAUGGAAUCGAAGAAGCUAUUCGCUCUUUUCAGCUGGAGCAAGUUCGAGAGAAGAGUGGCCAAAAAACAUUUCUGCACAAGCAAAUCCCCUCCAUCAGGCCUUUAAUGCAUGCCACGAGUUUAGAAAACAGAAAGAGGCACAAACCGAAGAGGAAAAAGGUCCCAACAGAGAACCAUCCUUCAUCUGAUGGCAAACCCAGUUCCUCACAUCCAGACUUCCUCAAAUACAAAGGUCCUCCAGUCUCUGCUCCUCCCAAAGUUAAUACAACUGCUGAACUCAUGUGCGCUGAAGCUAUUCUGGACAUUUCUAAAACAGUUCUGCCCACCACCUUCCAUCAUGGGGUCGGACUGAGCAGUCACAGUCCAACUGACACUCUCCUUCAAACUUCUCCCCACACCCUGCCACAGGAAGACAGCAGCUCCGUUGACAGUGAGGAUGGAAUUGAGCAGGAAAUCAGGAAAUUCCUGGAGCAGAAGGCCCAAAUGCACAACGUGCAAGAAACAAAAGAGGUUUCAGUCCCAAAGAAACCACGAAAGUUAUCUUUAACACAGAGAAGAAGAAAGAGGGAGAAUAAUCGUUGUGUCUCCAACAUGUCUGGAACAGUAGACAGAGAAACUGAUAAAAAUUCUGAGGAGUCCACCUCUUCAGCUGUUACCCAGAGAAGUCCAAGCAGACCAACCACAGCGUCACACCAGCCAGACCAAAGUGAAGACAAAAGCAGCUCCCUGGACAGCGAUGAAGACCUUGACACUGCAAUAAAAGAUCUGCUCAAGACAAAAAAGAAGACAAAGAAAAAGAUCAGGGAUGUGAAGAGGAAGCCCAGUAAGCACAGCAGAGUUGAAGAUCCAAUGUCAGGCAACACUGUUCCCAUCAAGAAGUUCAGACUAGAUCAUGUUUCCAACUGUAGUGCUUUGAAAAGUGUCCACAAAGACAAGGACAGACCGAGUAAUAAAACCAGUUCAUACCUAAAGCCAGGUGAGGACGGUGGAGACAGCCAACCACUGUUCUCUGCUCCGAUGGAUGACAGCAGCUCUGUGGACAGUGACGACGGCAUCGAACAGGAGAUCCAGAAGUUCCUGGCUGAGAAGGCUAAAGUUUCCCCUGCAGACAAACUGAAAGAUGGACAUGUGUGCAGUAAUGGGACAUCCAUGGUUCAACAUGGACACAUGAAACCUGAAAACAUAAAGAAGGAAGCUCAGCUGGCUGAGAUUAUUCCACAACCAAAAGGUCUUCCGUCUGCAUCUCCAAGUGGUCCAGCUGAAGAUCAAACCCCACGCAGGCUCCUAUCACAUGUUUUUCUUGCCAGUCCACAGUCUUGUGUGUCCUCAGACCAGUCCUGCAGUCCCAGUCUUUUGGAACCAGCAGAUGGGGCUGGGGCAGCCCAAAACCAGCUGAGGAGACCUAACCCUGGUGGAGACCUUGUUGUGCCCCCUCAGUCUGAGAAAAGUGGACCAGCUUUGAGUUCUGUCUCUGCUCAGUCCCAGGCAGAGUCCAUCAAGUGGCGCCAGAGUCUGGGUCUCCCUCCAUUUUCUGACAAAAGGGCCCCCACCCGGACUAAGUUUCACAUCACCUCUUCAGAAAGUAAAGAGACCACCGUACAGACCCCUUCAUACCAGAAAACAGACCUCAAAGUACAGACUCUGGCCAAUGCUUGGUUUUCUUCGAGGACCAUCCCAGCUUCAUUCUCCUGUUCCUCAGAGACGCCUGUGAACAUCCCAGUCAGAGCCCCAGUGGUAAAGUUCUGCUCUGCUGUCAGGCAGAACUCACUCAUGACCUUUCCUCUGAGCCUUAGAGCCGGACACAGCUCCCAGUUCUCUUUAGGAGAGGACAGAGCCAGCAUGGUCCAUGUGCCCAAAGACAAGAGUGUGUUUGUAGAACUGGAGUCCAACAGGACCAACCAUGUCCAGGUCCAGAGCAGGACCAACCAGGUCCAGAGCAGGACUAACCGUGUCCAGGUCCAGAGCAGGACCAACCAGGUCCAGAGCAGAGACUUGAGUGAAGGGAAAGAGAGGGGCAGAUGUGAUGAAGAGGUGCAAGAAGACAGACAGGAUGAAGAGUUUGUAGAUGAGGCAGAUUGUGGGUCAGACAGCAGAACCGAACCAGAACAGAAGCAGGGCUUUUCCAAUCUGUCUUUGUGCAGAUCCAUUGAUCCAGGGGUCACCUUCAGUCCAUGCAUAGCUCUCACCUCAGGGGAGAGAAGCACCAUGUUCAGCAGGGCCUACCAGCUGAAGAAGUUGAAUAAGAUGUGCCCUUCUCUAAGAGACAUUUCUGAGCAGGGCAGGAGCUUGCUGUGUGUCAAAAAGAAGCUUCAGUUUGAUCCUGUCGGCAGGAUGGAAGCACACAUCUAGAGUUGCAUGACAACAUUGUCCAGGCAAGAGUGUUUUUCAUGUAAUUCAGUGCUGUUUAGAA